GUCCCGCGGAGCCAGGGAAGUGAAAGCAUCUUGGAGGAGGCGGCGGGUGAACCGCUCGCCGGUGCCACAGGUCCCCGGGGCCGGCCCGGGCAGGUGAGCGGCGGGCGCGGCGGGCAUCCCCACACCGCGUCGAGCCUGCCCGUUGACACGCAGCCUCCUGCCCGCCUCGCUCCGCAGCCCGAGCGUUCCGUCUCCCCUUUUGAGACAUUCCCGGCCAACCCGUCCACGAAGGCUCCCGCCUGGUGCGUGGGCACGGGCGAAGGAGCUCCGCCUCCGGGAAUUUCCCACCCGCGGGCGUCCGGGCCGCACGGGGUGGACGGUACCGACCGCGCUGUGUCGGUUCGAGACGCCGCGAGCUGCGAGCGCGGGAGGGGAGGGAGGGUGGGCGCUGCCACCUCGCGCCGCCCCGCCGUCCAGGCCGGGGUCGCGCGCCCACGGCCUCCGUCUCCCCAAGAACCUCGGGUGCAGCCGGUGAAGGAAGUGAAAGCCUCAGAGAAACCUGCCGAACGAGCGUCCCUCCCCGAAGCCUGUCGGGGAGCCAGACUGGGCCCGGCCGCCCCGAGAUGAGGUGGGGCUGGGGACCCCGGUUCCUCGCGCUCCUCCUCCUGCUAGCGCAGCUGACUGAGCCAGGCCACGGCAACGAGGGCAGCAGAGCUGGAAGUUGUUACUGUGAUAGAAAAUUUCUUCCCGACUCUCCUCCAACGAUUAAAGCCAUGGAACGUUUCCGAGAACACCUGACGGACCAUGUUCCUUGUGAUGGCUUUGUCAGGUUCCAAAUAACGUCCCCACUGCGUUCCUGGAGUGUAUGCGGGGGCAGCAAAGACCCGUGGGUUACUGAAUUGAAGAACUGCUUUGAUCGGAGAGAAUGUGGACAUGCUUACUCUGGGAGAGUGGUCCAGCAGGAGCAUUCACCUGCCCCCAGCAUCCAGAUUCCCAAGUCCACUGAAGGGGCACCUGCAGUCACGGACAUCCCUGCUCAGACGUACCUGCCACUCACCCUGCGGUCUACCCAGCAGCCUACCCUUCCUGUAGGUACACUGUCCUGGGAUAAAAAGCACAUCCACGCCCAUGAAACCACUACUUCCGCCGUGGGCCACAGUCUAGAGACUGGGCCUGAAGCUGGGGCCAACCAGAAGCAGUUGGAAAAAAAUGGGGGUCCUACAGCUGGGAUACGUAUCCUAAUGCCAGUGCUGGUUCUCUUGGUCAUCGUCUUCGUCCUCACUGGAGUCCUUCUCUAUUUGAUGUGUAAGAGGAGAAGUAAGCAGUCACCGCAGUACUCUCCAGAUUUGCAGCUUCAAUAUAUUCCUGUGGCACCAUAUUCCAACACUUGGGCUAAGAAUGGGAGCUUGUGAGGGUAGAAAAUGUGAUUUAUUCACCACCAUUAACAUUUAAUAAAUUGGAACAUUCUCUCUGGCACAUAGUAGGCACUCUGUACAUAUCUGUUACUGUUUAACCAGCCACUGCCCUGUUAGAACUUUCUUUUGCUUGUUUUCUGUCUUUACAUUGUGUAAAAUUCUAAAUGUGUAUUAUUUUUACUAAAAAUUGUUUUUCUAA